AUGGUACCUUUGAAGGCCUUCGCCGCCUUGGCUGCCGCUGGGCUUGUGCAUCUAGCAUGGGCUAGGCAGGUUCACUUUGACCUGGACCUGACCUGGCAAAAAGGUGCGCCCGAUGGCAACCUGCGCGAGAUGAUCUUCAUGAACGAUCAGUUCCCCGGCCCCGAACUGCGCAUAGAUCAGGGUGAUGACGUCGAGUUCGUUGUACACAACCACAUGCCUUUCAAUACCACCAUUCACUUCCACGGCAUCGAGCAGCUGAAUACUCCAUGGUCUGACGGUGUGCCGGGUCUUACCCAAAAGCCUAUUCAGCCGGGACAUAGCUGGACAUACCGUUGGACCGCAACCCAGUACGGUACUUACUGGUAUCAUGCUCAUGCUCGGGGCGACAUGUCAGAUGGUCUCUAUGGGGCCAUUUGGAUCAAUCCUGGUCCGGAUGUACCUCAACCUUUCCAUCUUAUCUCAAAUAAUGCACAGGAUAUUGAAGCAAUGAAAAAUGCAGAGAAGAAUCCUCACCUUGUCAUACUCUCUGAUUGGGACCAUUUGACCUCAUCGGAGUACCAAAAAGCAAUGGAAGACAGCCGGCUGGGCCUCACCUGUUCUGACAGUGUUCUCAUUAACGGCCGCGGAGCAGUAUACUGCCCAGGAGCCGAAAAGAUCUCCAGCGUGGAACUUCCUUAUUUGGAGACUUUGAUUGACAAUAAGCCUCUGACUGACAAGGGAUGCCUUCCCAAUAUCUAUGAGACACAGGGCGACUUCCCUCCAACCUAUGAAAACAAGCUUCCAGCUGGACUAAAUUCGGGUUGUACUCCUACCACUGGUUUGCACGAGACUAUUGAAGUUGAUCCCAAUACCGGCUGGGUCAGUCUCAAGUUUAUCAGUGCGGCGUCAAUCAAGGCUCUUAUGUUUUCUAUUGAUGAACACCCCAUGUAUAUCUAUGAGGUUGAUGGUAGCUACAUCGAGCCUCAGCUUGCUGAGAGUGUUAACAUCUACAGUGGCGAGCGCUACGCUGCGAUGAUCAAGCUCGACAAGCCUUGGAAGGAAUACAGUAUUCGUGUUCCAGACACCCAGGCCGAUCAGGUCAUUUCUGGCUUUGCUACAAUGAAAUACAAGGGCUCUCAAGACACCACUCCCUCUCUGCCUUAUGUGGACUACGGCGGAAGAAACACGUCCGCCUCCGUCCGUGCCCUGCAAAAUAAGGCAAUCAAGAAUUACCCUGCUGUCACUAUCCCUAAGGCCGCUGAUCAGCUUGUCAACCUCACCCUUGGCCGUUUGGGCUCCUCUUACACAUGGACUACUUCAGGCAGUGGCUUGUACGACAUGAUGGCCAACUGGGACAGUCCGAUUCUUUAUGACAUCAACGCAAAGAACAACCUGGAGCCUCAAGUUACAAUCCAAACCAAGAAUGGAACCUGGGUCGAUUUAUUGCUUCAGUUGGGCGAAAUGCCGAACAGCCCUGCUAUCCAGGCCCCUCAUGUAAUGCACAAGCACUCCAAUAAGGGUUUCAUUCUUGGAGUUGGUCCUGGAAUUUUCAAUUGGUCCAGCACCGAAGAAGCUUAUGCCGCGCGCCCUGACCUCUUCCAACUGGAAAACCCCCAAAUGAGAGAUACUUUCGUCACCAUUGGCCCUAAGGGACCAACAUGGAUGAUUGUGCGGUACCAGGUUGUCAACCCUGGACCCUUCCUCUUCCACUGCCAUAUCCAUACUCACAUGGCUAAUGGAAUGGCUGUUGCUCUCCUCGAUGGCAUAGAUGCGUGGCCUCGAGUCCCUAAAGGUGAGGACCAGACCCCCCGCCCCCGACAGCCUCAUCGGUAG